GAUGGCUCUGGGGAUAGAACACCACGCUUACUCAUCGCCUGGAUAUAACAAACCCUGUACAGACAAAGAUCGUAUAAAACCGGGCGUUCAUGCUGCUGCCCAGGCUCAACCUCCUUGCCAGACACUUCACACCACUCCGAAGUAUGUCUUUCCCCACAGCCAUCCAAGCUAUCACCAUCGCAAAGCACGGCGGCGUCGAUGUGAUUGAAAAAACCACAAUCCCUUUCCCAGACGUCGCACCAGGCCAUCUCGUUAUCAAGGUACAAUAUCUCGGCGUGAACUUCAUUGAUACAUACUACAGACAGGGCAUCUAUCCUGUCUCAUCCUUUCCUUUCGUUCUCGGAAAAGAAACAGCUGGUAUCGUCGUGGCCCUACCCACGGACGAUACUGUUUUGAGUGAUCCUGAUUAUCAAAAACGGGGUUACAGGGUAGGGAGUCGCGUUGGUGUAGAUUUCCUGAGCACUCAUGCAGAAUAUAUAUCUGUACCAUGGAGGACUGUCUAUCCAAUCCCAGACUCGAUAUCAACAGUGGCGGCGGUCUCUACCCUUGUCCAGGGUGUCACAGCCAUCUCGUUUAUGGAAGAAUCAUAUAACGUCCAGAAAGGAGAUAUUAUUCUUAUUCAUACUGUUGCCGGCGGCCUCGGGCUCUUAAUGGCGCAGCUUGCCAAAUCUAGGGGUGCGACCGUCAUCGGCACGACGUCGACACCAGAAAAGGCCGAAUUGGCAAAGGCAAACGGAGCCGACCACGUCAUCGUGUAUCGCAACGAGGAUACCACAGCAAGGGUCUUGGAGAUCACUAAUGGCGAGGGAGUUCAUGCCAUUUUCGAUGGUGUUGGGAAAGACACAUUUGAUGCCAACUUCGCGAUGAUCAGACGAAAAGGAACGAUUGUUUCCGUAGGCAAUGCGUCAGGCGCUGUCCCUCCUUUCCCGCCUCUGAAGUUGGUAGAAAAGAACGUGAAGUUGCUGCGACCUACCGUGAGCAACUACGCGUAUACUGCUGAGGAGGUUUUCAGUUACGGACAGAAGCUGUUCGGUCUGCUGGCGAAUGGAACGCUGAAGAGUCAAGUCUUUAAGGAAUAUCCAUUCACCGCUGAAGGGGUUCAGCAGGCACAAAAAGAUCUGACAGGCGGUAAGACAACGGGGAAGCUGCUUGUCAAGGUUUUCGAUUAGUAGUAAUAGACCUAACAUCUGUAUUGUAAUAGUUGUAUCCGUACCUAAGACACCAGACAUAUAUGAACCUACUGCGCGCCCAGCCUAUUCUCUACAGGCUGUUUACUUACACAGAUACUUGUAGAAUGUUAUAACAUUGGACGUAACGCUCAUGACGCCCAGACCGAAAAGAUACGGCUAUUCAUAUCUUCCGGCU